AUUCGUAUAGGCGACUUCGUGUGCUUUGGAUGUUUUGCGCGCUUUAUUAAAAAACCAAAAUUACUCAGUUAUAAACCAAACCCGCACAACUUUGUACACCGGUAUUUGCGCGCGCAUCUUAUUGUUAAACAAUUGACAACGCAUUAAAUUGCUACUGUUCCAGUCAAUUGCCAGCUAGCAAACUAGUGAAUUUUGUGUAGGCGUGACUGCACUUGUUUUAAGCCCUUUUCUGUGCGUGUGUGUGUGUAUCCUUACAUCCUCGCCUGUCUCCGCCGCCACCGCCGCCGCCGCCAUCAACGAACUGUGCACAGGGUGUGGUGUUGAAAAAUUCCAGCGCAAAGUAAUCCAAAAAACCCAAAAAAAAAAGAAAAAACAUGUCGGUCUCCUCGAAUACAUCGUCCGCCUCGCGCAACGGCAGUGUCGAUGAUAGCACAACAACAACAACAACAACGGACAGCUCGGAACUGACGCACAUUUUGAACCGACGCCAGGAGAUUAUGGACUCCCAGGAGGCGGGCAUCGAGGUGCCACGCACCUUCAAGGUGGUCAAUGUAUACACCGAAUUCCAUGAGUUUACGCGCAAGCAAAUCAAGGAUUAUCAGAAGACCUUCAAUACCUACGACACGGCUAGGGAUGGAUUCUUGGACCUGAACGAGCUGAAGUACAUGAUGGAGAAGCUGGGCGCACCGCAAACCCAUCUGGGACUGAAGAAGAUGAUAGCCGAUGUGGAUGAGGAUCACGAUGGCAAGAUAUCGUUCCGUGAGUUCCUGUUGAUCUAUCGCAAGGCGCAGGCCGGCGAGCUGGACAGCGAUUCGGGCCUGAACCAGUUGGCCCGCCUCACCGAGAUCGAUGUGGAGCAGGUGGGCGUCAGCGGUGCCAAGAACUUCUUCGAGGCGAAAAUCGAGCAGCAGCUGCGCACAAAUAAGUUUCACGACGAGAUACGGCAGGAGCAGGAGGAGCGACGCCGCGAGGAGGAGGAGCGCGCCCAGAGACGCCAGCAGUUCCAGCAGCGCGCUGCCAUCUUUCAGUAAAGCCAAAUAUCGGGCUAUAUAUAUAUAUAUAUAUAAACAAGAUAUUUUCAUAAUUUGUAGUCUAGCGCGUAAUCCUUGUGGCGUAGGUUAAACAAAUGCAACAUAGCACACAUUUAGGGGCAAAUGCGGAGCAGGACUUUGAUAUCACAUCACAUACACAGCAUAACAAUUCAUUCAACUAUAACUAAUUAUAUAACAUAUAUAACAUACAUAAUACAUAACAUACAUAAAUACAUUUAGUUAUUGAGCAUACCAAAAGCAUAAAUUUUAGUUGCCUAUUUAAGUCAAGAAUCAAA